AUGGGGAACAACAACUUGUCUUACAGCCUGUUGGCAGCUUUUGUACUACUCAUCAAUUUAAAUCAAGCAGUAGUCCAUGAGGCGAAAGAAUGGAAAAAGUGUUAUUUCGCUAGUUCUUGUCUCUGCAAAAAUAUUUCUGUUUCAGAGCAACUUAUAGUGGAUUGUUCAGGCAAACAUCUACUUCGUAUACCUAGAUUACCAAACAAUAUUCAAGAGUUAUCUCUCCGAUCUAAUGAUAUUAGUACAAUACAAAAUGGGAUUUUCGUAGGGAACUCUUUAUUGACCACUUUGGAUUUGUCUUUCAAUAGAAUAAGUCUAAUAAGAAAUAACUCGUUCAAAGGACUCACAAAUUUACUCUCUUUAAAUCUCAGCAACAAUGAUUUGAAAUAUGAACAUGAAAGUCGUUUGAGAUUCGAAACGCUUGAAAAUAUCACCACCGAUUUGCAAUAUUCGGCAAUUAAAAACCUGAAGGUGAACUACAUUCAUGGUAUUUUCGGAAUGCCUACAAUACUGAAAACUUCUCACAUUUGGAACCUAAAAAAUACGUCACUUGUUAGAUUCGAAGCCGCUGGGAAUCUAAUUCAGAGAAUAGAGUACGGUGCUUUAAAAUAUUUACCUAAGUCCUUGGAAAGUGCAGAUAUGAGAGACAACGUUUUUUCUAUAGGCAAAUAUAUGCCUGAUUUAAGGUCACUGCCAAUUACAUCCCUAGAUAUUUCUAAUAUUCGUUCAUCUCAUAAUGCGCUCACAUCCUACAUAGAGCACUGCGAUUCUCGAAAUGAUACUGUUAUAAUAGAUUCCGAAAACAACUGGUUGUUUCAACAACUUCAAUAUUUGGAAAUGUGGAAAUCUCUAAAGUACGGUUUCCCAGUGCCAAGAGGACUGAAAACAGUUUCACUUAGGUCAAGUAACUUGAAAUAUGAAAUACCAAAUUUUAUUUUUAUAAAAAAUCAAUUAGAAAAUAUUAGUGUGAGUGAUAAUGUCUUGCACACAUGGACAGGCCCAAUAACGAAUGUCAAAAGACUUAAAUUUUUAGACCUAUCGUCAAACUUUUGUUCUAAUGUUUCAAAUACAUUUUUCAGUCCAGAUUUUGUCAUUUUAAGAUAUUUGCUGCUUCAAAACAAUCUUCUUGGACUCAUUCUACCAACGGAUGUGGACGGUGAAAUAUUUCAGAACCUCCGCAACGUCGUGUACAUUAAUCUUUCUAAAAAUAGAAUAACGAAAUUACCAAAUAUUUUAUUUAAAGAGCAACACAAUAUAGAAAGAUAA